AUGACCAACACCGUUAAGAAACCAGACCCCGGCCCAGCCGGCGGGAGCCGGGUUUGGAGAGUCCCGGGCACUCGAAGAAUCCGCAUAGCCCCGGCUGGAGCCAGGUCCGGGAACCUGCGCACUGCUCUCGUUUUCCGCGGCUUCAUCUCCCUGCUCGGCGCCGCCUGCUACCCCAUCUACUUCCAGCCCUUAAUGCGGCUGGAGGAGUACAAGAAGGAAGAAGCCAUAAAUCGAGCUGGUAUUGUUCAAGAAGACUUGCAGCCACCAGGGUUGAAAGCGUGGUCGGAUCCAUUUGGCCGGAAAUGA